AUGGCCGUGCCCGCCCUCUACUCGCCGGUCCUCUCCGCCUGGUCCGGCCCCCUCACCCUCUUCGCCUCAUCCGACGACUCCCUCCACUCCUGCCCCUCCUGUUCCCCCCUCCGCCUCCUCCGAGAGCAUCUCGUCCCCGGCCUCUUCUCCCUCCCGUACCUCUCCAAGCUCGCCUUCGGCACCAAGCUCGAGACCGCCAGCCCCGGCCGCUGCCUCACCGUCACCUCCUCCUCAGCUGCCGCCGAUCUCCGUCCCGGAUCGACAGCCAACUCCUCUGACGUCAAGAUCUUCGUCGACGACGUCGAAGUCACCCGCCCGGACCUCUUCAACGACGGCCGCUUCGUGAUCCACGGCAUCGGCGCCUUCGUCGCCCCUCUCUCCCCUCUUUCUUGCAGCCCCGGGGACCCCCAACCCGCCUUCGCCCCGGAGAUUGCCGCCGCCGGUGCCUCCGAUCGCCCCGGGUCGUCGAUCGUGCGGCUGAUGCUGCGCGACGCCAUCGUCCGCCUCCGCGACAGCGGGUUCAGCAUCCUCUCCCUGGCGAUGCGCGUCAAGCACGCGGAGCUCUCGGGCCUCCAGAACAUGACGGUGUUCGCCCUCGACGACCCCUCGAUCUUCGCCGGCGGGCAUGCGUACGUGACGGAGGUGCAGUUCCACGUCGUCCCCAACCGCCUCCUGACCCACGCCGACCUCCUUAGGCUUCCGCCGCGGGCCGUCCUGCCGACGCUGGGCCGGGGCCAGCACCUGAUGGUGACGCACGCCGCCGCCGUCGCCACCGGCCCCGCGGCACUGGGCCCCGCCUCCGGCCUCCGGAUAAACUACGUCCCGAUCAAGGUUCCCGACGUGGUGACCAACGCCCGGAUCGCGGUCCAUAGCAUCUUCCUGCCGUUCCCGCACCUCUACCUGCCGGUUCAGCCGUCUGCGGCAGCAGCGGAGGGCGGGAUCUAUGGAGAGGGGAAGGGGCUGGGUUCCGUAGAGUGCGCGGUGGCUACCGAGUUCGUCGAUUUCAUGGACGAUGGGCCGUGA